AUGGCGAGCGAAAAGGAAAGCGUGGAGCCGGCGCUUGAUAUUGGCGUCGAGGGAAAUGCCGAGACCAUCGAGGAACGUGUCUUCUCCGCAGCUUUGAUAUGCCUCGAAGGCCACUUUACACAGUCGCCACCAAUGGGCCCGAAAACGGCGGCCAGGAUCACUACUAUGAUUUCAAAGACGUUGGAAAAGACGCACACGCUUCGAAGAGUGAGAGAGACGCUGUCCCGCAAUGUUGAGAUCUGGAUCUGGCUCACCAGGAUCCUUGCUGCUUCUAUCCCGACUCUGACGGCGCGCUCCGUCGGUCCCCUAUCUAGCCUCAAUGACCCCGAUAAGGGCGUCAGUCCGCAUGAGAGCACGGCCUUAAUUGUCAUGAACUACGACAGCAUCAAGAAUGACCUUUCCGUUCUCACUAAGCUCAUGCACAUCUCGAGAAACUUGCUCGUGAACGCGGAGCCUCAAGUCCCUCAAGAUAUCUGCGCUGCUGUGCAUUUUGACCAAAUGGUUUAUCAGACCAUUAUACUUUGUGUCAAUGUCACUAGCAAAGGAUAUGACGGAGAAAUUCUAGACGAGACAGACCGACUGAGGCUGGCCGAAAUUACGGAAUUAUACAAGAAGCUACUUGUAACUUCACUGCAGCAAGCUCAUAACUGGACCGCCAAACAUGAUCGCAACAAAAUGUCGUUUUGGUUUGACGUUCUCUUCGACGAUGAUGGCGCUCUGACUGGCCACGAUGACUCUGUUUCUGCUGACUGCACCGGCUUUCGUCCUGGAGUGGCGAAGCAACAGGUGCAGCAUUGGCUGGACCGAAAUUCUAAAAUGUGCGAUACCGCUCGCCAGCUACUACGGGAUUACGCCAAAAACCACGCUGGCAAACCGCCUGGCGACCUAGCUCCCCUCCGACCACUUGCGUGGAAUUGGCUUCCCGAGAGCUCCCUGAAUGUUCCAACCAAUGAGACUAGCGAGGAAAAGAUUCAGUCCGUGUGGAAGCUGGAGGAAACAGACAGGUUCGAACAAGAUCGCGCUUAUGGGAGAGUAUCAAGAGAGAUCGAUACUUGGUGGCUGAAAUCACGAGACCCCAACUACGAAGAAUGGAUCGUCGGCGUGCCCUCUGUCGAAUCAGCGCAGUUGACUACGGAGCACUGCAAAACGAAUUUGAUACACAGAUAUUCUCAUUCUUACCACGACGAUAACUCACUACCGCCCGACGGAGCGGAAGAUGAUACAUCGGAGCACGACCAUUGCCCCAACUGUCAUCAAUAUCACCACGACGAUUAUGAGUCUGAUGAGCCUGAGCACGAGCAUGAUCACGAGCAUGAUCACGAGCAUGAUCACGAGCAUGAUCACGAGCACGACCAUGAACAUAGUCAUGAGAACGAACACGAGCAUGAGCAUAACCAUGAUUGUUAUAGUGGGCAUGAACAUGAUCAUGUUCACGACCACCAGCAUGACCAUGAUCAUGACUAUGAGAAUGAGUGCGAUCUCCAUCGACAUUGCCACCACCAUGAUCACGACUAUGCCCACGACUAUGCAGAUGACAUGUUGGAUGAUGAUGAGGCAGACGACGACGAAUCAUAUGGAGAUGGUCCGCUAACCGGCUUGCUCACCGAGGUCCCCAACAUUUUAGAUCCGAAGCAAAUUGAAGCACUUCAUAUGAUUGUCAAGUCAUGUAUUUUUGAUAGUUCCGGGUCAGGGACUACACAAGCCGGUGAAAACUUACAGAGGACUCGUUGCAGGAUGUUUUUGGCGCUGGAUUGUGGCAAAAGUCUGUUACGCGAGCUCUUGGUCUUUAUUGCUGUCUGGGAUAAGGACGAGGAAAGCUUGAUUUACCAAGUUACUUCGCAAAUUGUCGACGCAAUUCAUCGCAACGCACUCAUUCCUUAUGCUUGGAACUCGCUCCGCAUUUCCAAGGACAUCAUCUCGCCCGCGCAGACGGUGCUGCUGCGUCUCGUUAACGAUAUGCUUGGUGGGCGCACCGUAAGUGGCUCCCUGGCCAGAGACGCGGCGGCCGGGGAAGGACGGGACAAUCUGCGCGAUCUCAAACUCGUACACUUCUUCUUCAGCUCGUUCCGCCGCCGCAUCGUGCCCGAGUGCGCGGCGCUCCUGCACCUGCAGGCGCAGAUACGUGAAGGCAAGGCUGACGCUUCGGAGUUCCCAGUGGACACGUGGGACAUGGAGCGUGCCAAGGAUGGGCUCGCCCAGUACCUAGAAUUACUGAAAACGGUAGCCGAGAUGCCUGAGAUGCGGCUCAAGCUAAUUGAGUGGGAGGCCGUCUACGACCUCGUCACCGUUCUGAGUGGCCUCGAAGCCGCUGUACCCAGAAAACCUCUCGUAUAUGUGCCGAAACGAAACGGCGCCGUCGACCCUAUGGUUGAGCGGCCGUACGCCAUGGGAGGUGAGGCUGUACCCGCCGCCGCCACCGCCGCCGCCGCCUCGCCACCCAUGCAGGAGCCCGCGCACAAGUUCCCAUGGGCGGGCGUCAAGAGCCAAAUAUUCAUCAUCCUCGCGACACUUCUGCAGCCGCCGCCGGACCGGCACAGCCCCGGCAACCCCGUGGUGCAGACGCAAAUGGUGCGCUACAACGGCAUCGGCCCGCUGCUGAGCAGCACCGCCUACGACGACCAUAAUCCGUACGCCAAGGAGCGCGUCACCAUCUGCCUCAAGUGGCUUCUCGACGGCUGCGACGAGGCCAGUGACUUUAUCCGGCAGCUCAACCGCGCCAGCCCCGCGCCCAACCUACAGGCGCCCGCUGGCGGUUGCACCACCACGCAGACACUCCGCCUCGACGGCGUCGACGGCGACGUGAGGGUUAGAGUGCGCUCGAACCGCCCGCGUGUGGUCGAGGAGACGGAGGACGUGGUGGGUGACGGGCAGGCGGCGCACGUGGAGGAGGGCGGCGACUCUCUGAGCGGCGCUAGCAUCGAGGACGACUUUAUGGCGUAG